UUACUCUUAAAGUUUUAUUUUUAUUUUGUAAAAUAUGGCCACAUAGGAUAAUUUUUUAGUGACUUGUCAUUGCCACGUGGGCAAAAUUAGGAGCUGGACAGACGGCAUCUUAAAAUGUAAACAGAAUAGUACUUUGGAGGGUUUUCCCACCAAAAUAUGAGGUUGGAUGGUUUUUUGCAAGUAAAUUGAUAGUUAAGGGGGUUUUGCCGCAAAUUACUCUUUUUUUUAAUGUCUUUUAGUUUUUUUUAAUAAAUCUAACUUUUUAAAGAGCUAACACUAUGUUUGGUAAGAGAGAAGGAUGAAUGGAUGGAGAGAAGUGGAGAGAGUGAUAAAAAAAGAUAUUAAAUCUCGUCUUUGGCAAGUGGGAGAGAAUGAGAGAGAGGAGAAAUAUAGGGAGACAUUCUCUCUCCAAAUCUUAAAAAUUUAAUCCCUUCAAAUUUCGAAUAAUUGUAAAAAAAGAUAAAAUAAAAUUUACAAAAUCUAAUAAUUACUCUUAAAAAAAAUAAUUUAGAAGGACUAUUUUAUAAUUUUACUAAUUAAUUUUUCUUCAUAUUUCCUAUUUACAUUUAAUAUCAAACAACACAAAGUAGAUUAAUAAUUCUCUACAUCAUUCUUACUCUCUAUCAUUCUUAAUCUAGCUAAUAGAUACAAGUAAAAUACAUCUAAUAAAUAGAACCGAUGUAAUCCAAUAUUCAAUGAGUGUUGGAUCAAGUCAUAUAACUAAAAUUAUUUGGAUAGAAUCAGUAAGAAAAAUCCAAAAUCUAAUUUAUAAUUGGAUCUUUAGGUAGGCUGAAAAAUAUUUAAUUUAGUCCAAUAAACACCCAUACUACCUAGGCAUUCAUUUUCACAUAAAUUUAUUUAUAUGCUAGUAGAGUGAAAGGUUGGUGAGGUCCAUGUUAAUAAAUGAAAAUUGUUUCAAUAUAAUUGUCUAAUUUUCCGAUAUAUCUAUCCUAACUAGUUAUUGUGACAAGCUCUUCUCAACUCUACUCAACCAACUUAUAUUAACUACUACUUAAUAUGUUCUCCUACAUCAAUAGGGCCACGUGGCACUCACCCACAUGACUAGCAAGAAUAGCAAAGAAAAUGUUUUUAUUUAGCUCUUCUUUCAUAACUUCACUAAUGAUCAAAUAAAUUCUCACCACUCACAUAGUCCGGACAUUACUAGGCUUCUUGUCUAAUUAACAAUAGCUGUCCUUUUUAACCUUUUCUUCACAUUCACAACACAACAAGUUUCAUAUUUAGUCAUCAUAAAACAAAAGACAUAACUCAUAAGAAGAAGAAGAAAAGAAUAGAGUAGUGAAGGAAAAUAAUGAUGAAGGGUCAAUACAACACUACAAAUACAAAAGCCUCUCUCUCACCAAAUAGAACAUCACUAAAGACCCUCUUUGAUCUUGAUUCCAACAAUGAAAUUGAGGAAAUUCUUUCAAUGAUCUCUUAUUGUACUUCCACAAAAACUUUGAUUGAUCCAUCUGAAUUUCCUUCUCAACAAGAGAAAAAAGGCAACAUGCUUAGUCAACUCCUCACAAUCCUAAGAAACACCAAAAAGUGUAAUCAUGUUAGUCAAAUUUUGUUGUCACCUCUAAUGGAGAUGAUCUCAGCCAAUCUAUUUAGAUCACUCCCUCCACCAUCAAAACCAUAUUCUUCAUUCUCAUCACUCAUCACCUUAGACUCAGAUUUUCCUGAUGAAGAAGAUCCCAUUUCGAAACUAUCAAGAAUAUGGUCUCAUCUACAAAUAGUUUAUGAUAUUCUCAUGAGAUUGAUCACAAACAUUGAUCCUCAUACUUUGAGUAGUUACAUUAACCAUCAUUUCCUUGCCAAUCUUCUCAACCUUUUCCAAUCCGAAGAUCCAAGGGAGCGCGAAAGCUUGAAGAACAUCUACCAUAGAAUCUAUUCUAGAUUCACUUUCCACCGUUCAUUCAUGAGAAAAUCAAUGAAUGAUGAGUUCUUGAACUAUGUGUUUGAAAUGGAGAGGCAUUGUGGGAUUGGUGAGUUGCUUGAGAUAUGGGGAAGCAUUAUCAAUGGCUUCACAGUUCCACUCAAAGAAGAGCACAAGUUGUUUUUGAUGAGAGUACUAAUUCCUUUGCAUAAGACUAAAGGAAUGCAGGGUUACCAUAGGCAGUUGGCUUAUUGUGUGUCUCAAUUUGUGCAAAAGGAACCUGUGCUUGGUGGGGUUGUGGUUAGAGGGAUUUUGAAGUAUUGGCCACUCACUAAUUGUCAAAAACAGGUUUUGCUUAUUGGGGAAUUGGAGGAUUUGGUUGAGAAUAUUGACCCUGAUCAGUAUAGAAAGUUGGCUCUCCCUUUCUGUGCUCAAAUCACAAGAUGCAUCAACAGUUGGAACUCACAGGUAGCUGAGAGAGCUCUAUAUGUGUGGAACAAUGAACACUUUGUGAAAAUGGCAUCAAUGGCAAUUGAAGAAGUGUUUCCAAUGGUAGUGGAAGGAAUGGAGAAGAAUCUCAAGUGGCAUUGGAAUAAAAACGUUCAACUACUCACACAAGAUGUCAAACUUAUGCUGCAAGAAAUGGAUCCAAUUUUGUACUCAAAAUGCCUUGAUGAGAUUCAAGAAAGGGAAUCCAAAGCUUUCCUUGCUGAUAUAAACAGAAAAGAAAAGUGGGACAGAAUUGAAAUGGCAGCAGAUAAUAAGACUAAGACUACCACUAAGUCCAACUAUGGUUUUUUGCACCACCAGUCACAAUCACCUUAUAUUUGUGUUUAACUUUAAAAGUAAUUAAAUUAGUGACUUAAGUAUAAAGUGCAUUAUUUCAAUGAAACCAUACCAUAAUAUACAUGUAUAUAUACAUUUAUUAUAUGUACCACUCAACUCAACUCAUGCAUACAUUAUUAUUGAUGGUUACCCAACUAGACAUUAAAAAUAUCUUUUGUAAUUUAGAGUUUCUUUAUUCUUGCAUCAUGAAUAUAACAAGGAUGUUUCAAUAAA